AUGGCAAAAAGAGUUUUGUUUCCAACCAGCUACGAUGAGGAGACCAGAAUCUGGAGUGGUAUGAGGAAAUCUCCCCUCUACGAUUCUAACUGUUCAGCGGGUGAACUCUUCUACAUGACAAUGAAGAAUUGGCCCAGUCAAGUUAUUCAGAUUAACCAUGAGGACGGAAGAAAAUUAACAAAUGGGGAAAUGCGUCAGUUGGCCACACGACUGGCCCUAUUCUUUAAGAAAGAGAAGCUGACCCACAAGGAUGUCGUUGGUAUUAUUGGUGUCACCAGCACGUAUGUGGCACCAUUGGCUGUGGCAUGCUUCUUCAAUACAACCCCAUUCCAUGCGGUGAACGUCACGAGGGAUGCCAAGGUUGUUAAGGGUCUCUUUGAGGUAACCAAACCGAAGAUCAUGUUCUGUGAUGGAGCCGACUACGAGCGCAUUAAAGAGGUCACCCAAGAGUGGACUCCCAAGAUUAUUACCCUGACGGGUCGUGUUGAUGGUGUACUCAGUAUUGAGGACCUGUUGAAGCCCACAGCCGAGGAACAUUUCUAUCAACCCGAAAAAUUGGCCGUUAAUGGAGACCAAACAGCCUUGAUAUUAUGCUCCUCGGGCACCUCAGGACUUCCCAAGGCUGUGGCCUUGUCCCACAAACACGUGACUGGAAUUACUUCAUUUGCCAUUAGCACAGAUACUAUAUUGACCCAAGCCUCGAUCGAUUGGGCAACGGGAUUCAUUGCCAUGGCAGCCAGUAUAAUGUGCGGUUUUCAACGAGUUAUAUUCGAAGGUCCUUUCAACGGAGAGAAUUUUAUAACUUUAAUCAAAAAAUAUAAAGUUUCAAUUAUUUGCCUGGCGCCCUGGCAGACCUAUGAACUAUUUAAUCAUCCUUUGGCCACAGAAGAGGUCUUCUCGAAUGUGCGAUGUGCUUUCAUUACAGGCGGAUGGAUCUCAGCUCAGGUGCUGCAACGGGGUCAGAGUUUGAUGAAGCACGGCAUGAUUCUGUUCUCAUAUGGAUGCACGGAAACGGGCGCAAUUACCGCUAACAUUGAUCACAGCCAGGAUAAUAAUGACAAUAAUGUGGGUCGCCUCUUUCCUGGCAUGCGUGUCAAGAUUAUCGAUGAUCAGGGCAAUUCUCUACCUCACAAUAAGAUCGGUGAAGUUCUUAUGGAUAUAGGCUCAAAAUGGAUGGGGUACGUGGGGAAUCCUGUGGACACUGAAGCUACUCUGCAGAAUGGUUGGAUUAAUCUUGGUGAUUUGGGAUACUUUGAUGACGACAAUAACCUAUUUCUUGUGGAUCGCAAAAAGGAUCUGCUCAAGUACAAGUCUUGUCAUUAUUGGCCAAAUGAACUAGAACAAAUCAUCUCGGAGCUGCCUGAGGUGCGGAAUGUGUGCGUUGUUGGAAUCAAGGAUCCCAGAUACGGAGACGCUGCUGGCGCCUUGGUCAUCAAGAAGCCUGGAACGGAAAUCAACGAGCAGGAGAUCAUCGAUCAUGUUGCCAAGCGCGUUGUGGUCGACUACAAGCAACUGCACUCAGGAGUGAAGUUUGUGGAUGAGUUGCCACAGAACACAAAUGGAAAGAUCAUGAGAAGCUUGGCUAGGCAAGUCUUUGAGUCACGGAUAAUCUAAAAAUGUAUUUGUAUAUUACAAUAAUAUUCUACAACAGUGACAUAAAUGAUAAUUUCUAUUUAAGAUAAGAACUAAAUUUAUAAUAAAUAUUUGUUAAAAAAAGCCUA